AAAAGAGGCCCCCAGGGACCAGAGCAUUAUUAACCUGAGCAGCUGCAGACCCAGAAGAAUCCUCUUUGACUUCUGGAUGAGGACAGACAUCGAACCAACAGCCACGAUGAAGAUGUUACAGGGAACAGAGGAGACAACAACGGACAGAAAGAUCCUAAAAUCCCAGAUGGAGAAACGUCGAAGGGAGAGAAUGAACUGCAGUCUGGAGCAUCUGAGGACCUUGUUGCUGCAGGAGCCACCACAACUGACUGCGGCUCAGCAAAAACUGGAGAAAGCUGCGAUACUCGAGCACACAGUCCUGCUUCUCCAGAGCAGCACCACAGGAGACCUAAUGGGAGCGGGAGGAGGUGGCGGCGGAGGAGGAGGAGGUCAGAGACACUCCUUCCAAGACGGCUUCUCCUCCUGCCUGCAGAGAGCGGCUCAGUUCCUGGGGCCUCAGGGGAAAGUCCUGCGGCUCGGAGCGUCGCUGGACGCACGUUUUGCUGCUCGCUUCGCCCCUUCAGACUCUGAUCCCACAGGCGUCCCGCUGAGAACCGAGGCCCGCUCCUGCUCCAGCUCUCUAACACAGACCAAGUCCAUUCUUCGGAUGCUUAGACAGAAGUCGAAGCUCCGAGUGCAAACACAGACCUUUGGUGUGAACAGUUCUCUUCAUCCAUACCAACGUCCAGAGCAGCUUGGGUCUCCCAGAGUUCCACAAAGCCAACUUGAGGUCAGAGUGUCGAGUCGAGGAGGCAAACAGAGCUUGAGCCAGAGCUUCCCAGUCAGCCAGACCCUGUGGAGGCCCUGGCCCUGAUCACCAGGCAGUGAACACUCUGCAACUGAAUUUUUAAAUGACUGACUGAUGAUUGAUAUGAUUCAUAUUCACAGGUGUCAAGAAUAUCUGCUCUUUGAUAACUCAUGAGAGUGUUGGUAUUCACCCACAGCCUGUAAAUAGUGCUAUCGUCUCAGGUGAACAUGUGUGAUAGGGUUUCACUCAAUGCUUCU